CUCCCCAGUCUGUCUACGUGGCAGGGAGGGUGGAGGAAUUAGGCUGAUUACUGGAAGGAGGGACAGCACAGCUUGCUAUAGAGAGUCAUAAUGUCUACAGAAACCAGCCAAACAGAAGAGACUAAUAAAGAUGAACUAGAAGAGAUUAAAGAUCUUAAGUUGACCAACGUAGGUGAAGCUGUAUUAGAGGAGCAUCUGGAAGAGAGUGGAACACAUGAGGAACCUGUGCAAGUGACUCACGAAGUUGGUUCCCUUUCAACCCCUGAAGAACUUGACAGCAAGGAAAUGGAAUUACCUGUAAAGACUCUAGAAUGCUGUGACUCCGUGAACCUGGAACCACAAAUUGAAGGCAGGGAGACUCAGGAAGACAGUUGCAAUCAGACUCAAGAUCCGCCUACAAAAGAUAGUGGUUGGAGUUCUUGGGGGACAUGGGGCAAGUCUAUUUUGUCCUCUGCAAGUGCAACAGUAGGUCACGGAUUGUCUGCUGUAAAAGAAAAGGCUGGCGCAACAUUACGAAUGAGAAGUUCUGAGUCGGAAAGCCAUGAAAGUAAUGCUUUGGACCCACAUGACACAGGAGAGCAAAAAGAACCAUCGGAGAAGGACGAUUACAUCUCGGAACCUUCCUCAUCUCCCUCAAGUCCUCGUGGAGUGUUGUCAACGCUAACAAAUGUUGUACAGAAUACAGGUAAAAGUGUUCUCACUGGAGGUCUCGAUGCCUUGGAAUUUAUUGGUAAAAAGACAAUGAAUGUUCUGGCUGAAAGUGACCCUGGGUUUAAAAAAACUAAAAUACUAAUGCAGAGAACUGCAUCCUUAUCACAGAUGUUAAGGGAGGCUAAAGAAAAAGAAAAGCAGCGACUGGCCGAGCAAGUUACGGAUGAAAAAACUGCACACUAUGGAGUCCUUUUCGAUGAUUACCAGGGUCUGUCACAUCUCGAAGCUCUGGAAAUACUCUCCAAUGAAAGUGAAGCUAAGGUUCAGUCUUAUUUAUCAUCUCUAGAUGAGAGUGGGUUGGAAUCGUUAAAAGCAGAGCUAAUUGCCAUCAAAGAGAUAUUUCUUCAAAAAGAUUUUGAAAAUGAACUACAAGAAACCUGUGAAAAAGAAGAGGAGACAGAAGAAUUUGCCAGCAUGCUUACAGAACUACUGUUUGAACUACACGUCGCCGCCACCCCUGACAAGCUCAACAAGGCUAGAAAGAAAGCUCGGGACUGGUUGUCCUCAGUAACGUCUCAUUCAGAGCUGUCUCAAAAUCACGACUCACUUGUUGAAGAAACUACCGAAACAGAAGAGCAGAAAAAUAUCAGUGAAGAUGAUAACCCAGAUGUUAAGAAAGGCUUGCAUGUGGAGGAGGUAUAUAUGCAGUCUAUUGAAAGCCUGGCGGAGAUUACAGCUCGCUGCAUUGAGCAAUUACACAAAGUGGCUGAAUUAAUUCUCCACGGCCAAGAUGUAGAGAAACCAGCAAAAGACCAAGUGGUGGUUUUAACCAAGUUAACCAGUGCGAUGUGUAAGGAGGUAUCCUCAUUAUCAAAUAAUUUUUCCAAUUCUCUAACCUCAGCUGGAAGCAAGACAAAGGCAGAAAUCCUGAAUCCAAUGAUCAACAGUAUCAACCUGGAGGGAUGCAACAGCACCACCUACAUCCAGGAUGCGUUCAGACUGCUACUCCCAGUAAUGCAAUAUUCUUAUAUCCAGGCCACUUCUUCAAAAGCAUAGGACUUGCUCUGAACAGGCACACAUGUGCUAUAUCCCACAAUAUAGCAUCAUCUUCCACAGGGAAAUGGAAGAGUCACUACUUGGCCUGCCUGCUGCUUUAUAGGAGCUUUAUAUUGGUUAUAUGCAGUUUUGCACAUUGUUGAAAUUGAUUUAAGAUAUAUUUUUGGAUAGUCUUUUUGAUUAUUUGUAGACCAGGUGAUAUCACUAAUCGUUUUGUAAGUGUUAUUUCCCUGAAAAUGAAGUCAGAGAAGUAUUAUGGAUAAGUAUUAUAAAUUAAAACCCGCUUUACUCUGUCUCUUCUCCUGCCGUUGCUCAUCGUGGAGCAGACUUCAAGAAAGCCCACUAUUGUAAUCCAGUUAGAAACUAAUUUAAUUAAUUCCAUGGAUGAACGAUUACACAUCAGGACAAACCUUUUCAUAAAUGUAAAAUGCGUUUUAUUAAGAUUAAUUAAAAGAAUAGCUAAAUAAUUAAUCACGUUUUUUUUUUGUAGUUAUUCAUAAUGUAAAAUAAACUAUUAGCCAAGGUUAAAUGUUAUCUGUAUCUCGGUUAAAGGUGGACAAGCCAAGCCUUGAUUGAUCCAGUCUCAGACCAAUAGUUUGGCCGAAUUCGGACCUGAUGU